AUUACCUUUACCCUAUAUUUGGGUUAAGGGGAAGAGGAGGGGAAAUUUUUCCCUCCUAUUCCUUCUCCUUAUUUAGAAUCAAUAAGAGACAUGGACGCUUUUGUCACUACCAUUCCCGACAGAUCAAUGCGCCUCUACACCACAUACGAUACCAGUAUUUGGCCUGAACAUCCUAGUUUUCAGAACCAUGGUUUUGGUCCAGUACCAGCUAAAUGGAAAGGCGCUUAUGAGAGCGAUACAAACUUCUCCCCAUUAAACUGCAACCACAAACUCAUCGGUGCCAGAUAUUUUUUGAAAGGGUGCAAGGCUGUGCAAGGCAAAAUCAAUGAAACCAAAAAUUUUAGGUCUCCCAAAGCAACAACUAGUCAUGGAACUCACUGCGCAUCAACAACCGGAAACAAUCUUGCGCAGAACGCAAGCUUUUAUAGCCUAGCCAACGGUGUGGCGACUGGAAUGAGGUACACAUCAAGAAUCGUAGUAUAUAAAGUUUGCUGGGAAGCACCUGCAAGUUGCGCUUAUGCCGAUACUCUUGUUGCUAUUGAUCAAGCAAUUAAAGAUGGAGUGGACAUGGUGUCCAUAUCAAUAGGAUUUGAAGAAGGAGGAGCUGUCUCAUAUUUUGAGGAUUCCACUGCUCAAGCAGCAUUCGUUGGAAUCCAACGAGGGAUCUUUCUUUCACUUUCAGUGGGAAAUGAAGGCCCGUGUACUAUUGGCAACACUGCACCAACAUUGAUUGGAGCUUCCCUGCAAUUGUCAAGCUUGGAAAGGGAUAAAUUUUUGAAGGGAUAUCUUUUUUCUGCGGGAGGCGAGGCAAGAAAGCCCAUAUUAAGUUAUUUGAACUCUACAAAUUCACCUACAGCUUCACUAACUUUCAAAGGAACCGCUUAUGGAAAGCGUGCACCAAUGGUGGCUACGUUUCCAUCAAGAGGGCCAAAUCUAGUUAGUCCCGAUCUGCUCAAACCGGACUUGAUUGCACCAGGGCUGAACAUAUUAGCGGUGUGGGCAAGUAUAACUAGCCCAUCUGGGAAGGAGAGUGACAAAAGAAGGGUUAUGUUCAAUUUUGACUCAAGGACUUCAAUGUCUUGCCUUCAUGAUAAUAAAGGGAGUCCAAUUAAGGAUUUUUAUCACGGUGGCCCUGCGACAACUUUUGCAAUUGGUUCAGGCCAUGUUGAUAUUCAGAAAGCUUCUGACCCAAGAUUGCUAUAUGAUAUCCACCCUCUUGAGUAUUUACUCUACUUGUGCAGCCUCAAGUAUCUUCUCAGAUAGCUAGAUUUGAUCGGAAUUUCAAAUGCCGCAAAAGGGCAACCAUGUAGCCUAGAGAUUUGAGCAACCCUUCCUUUGUAGUACUUUUCAAGAAUGAUGCCCAUAAUGUUACCAUUUCCUAUAGAAGAACUGUCACAAAUGUUAGACAUCCUCCAGCAGGUACUUAUAAAGUGCAAGUAGAGGA